AUGGCAUUGCUCCUGUGGCUGUGGUCCCAGCUGUCAUCCUGCUGGAGCAACAUCUCCAUACUGGGAGUUUUUCUUACAGUCUUUACUUUACUUCUUGACUUCAUGAAGCGCAGGAAGAAGUGGAGCCGUUACCCCCCGGGCCCAGUGUCACUGCCGUUCAUUGGGACCAUGCUGUACAUUGAUUUCCGAAACCCCCACCUCUCCUUUAACCAGCUUCACAAGAAGUUUGGAAACGUCUUCAAUCUCCAGAACUGCUGGACCAACCUGGUAGUACUGAACGGGUAUAAAACAGUGAAGGAAGCCCUGGUUCACAGAUCGGAGGACUUUGCUGACCGGCCAUACUUUCCAGUAUAUGAACAUCUGGGCUAUGGAAAUAAAUCUGAAGGGAUUGUUAUAGCAAGAUACGGGCACAUCUGGAAGGAGCUAAGGAAAUUCACGCUCUCUACCUUGAGGAACUUUGGGAUGGGAAAGAAAUCCUUGGAGGAGCGAGUGACGGAGGAAGCGGGAUUUCUGUGCUCUGCAGUCAAUUCUGAAGAAGGUUGUCCUUUCGAUUUACGUUUUCUUGUAAAUAAUGCAGUCUGCAAUGUGAUCUGCACCACCAUCUACGGAGAGCGUUUCAACUACGGGGAUGAGACAUUCAAGAAGCUGUUACAUUUGUUUGAAAACUCCUUGAAUGAAGAAACUGGAUUCCUGCCUCAGCUUCUUAACGUGGUGCCUAUUUUGUUGCGCAUCCCUGGAGUGCCACAGAAAGUCUUUCGAGGGCAAAAGGCAUUCAUGGACUUCAUAGAUGUGCUCAUAGAUAAGCACAUGGAGACCUGGAACCCUGCUUACAUCCGAGAUUUCACUGAUACGUUUUUAAAGGAAAUGGAGAAGGGUAAGGAGGCUGAAGAGCGCGGUUUCAACUACAACAACCUUCGUCUGGUGACCGCAGACUUGUUUGCAGCUGGUUCCGAGACCACCUCCACCACUCUCCAGUGGGCAUUUCUGUACAUGCUUCUCCACCCAGAAAUACAGGGUAAGGUCCAAGCAGAGAUUGAUAAGGUGAUUGGCAGAGAGAGAUCACCCACCAUGGAGGACCAAGUGAGCAUGCCCUACACUAAUGCUGUGAUCCAUGAAGUGCAACGCUACGGGGAUGUUGUUCCUCUUGGACUACCUCACAUGACGUACCGGGACACCGAGUUGCAAGGCUUCUUCAUUCCCAAGGGGACGACAAUCAUCACCAACUUGUCUUCCGUGCUGAAGGAUGAGGCAGUCUGGGAGAAGCCGAACGAGUUUUACCCCGAACACUUCCUGGAUGCGAACGGGCAGUUUGUGAAACCAGAGGCCUUCCUGCCUUUCUCAGCAGGUCGCCGUGCCUGCCUGGGGGAACAGCUGGCCAGGAUGGAGCUCUUUAUUUUUUUUACCACUCUCCUGCAGAAAUUCACCUUUGUGCUCCCCGAGGACCAGCCCAGGCCACGGGAGGAUGGUCACUUUGCCCUCACGAACUCCCCACACCCAUACCAGGUGCGAGCUGUCCCAAGAUAAGUGCACACCACUCCUUUCACUCAGAGACCACCACCAAUGCAAACUCUGUCAGAAAUGUUGCAGGUCUAGGCAGGAUCAUGUCGGGUUCCACUCAAGACCUCUCAAGUCUGUGCCGAUGUCCCCAGCUGUGUAAAGUAAGGAUCUGGCCCAAUAUAUAGUUUAGCUUAAUUCCAGUCCUGGAUCUUGAAUCAGACAGCCACAGCAAGUUACAAAUGAUGAUCAAGUUUGCAAGUACAUACAUGCCUAAUCAGCCAGCUCUGCUGUACUUUGUUUGGGCUCUCACUGGUUGCAGAAGCAGUUCACUGAGCACGCAGCUACUGAAAGAAUUAUUAGUCCUGAAUCAGUUUACUGAAAUACAAGGGUAUCCUGGGUAAAAGACAACCCUGGGGUCUUGCCAAUUCUAGGAGCAAAAAAACUUGGAAAAAUCCGUACGGUACUCCUGGCCCACUCCCUUCCUUGUUAGCCCCACUGCGUACCCAAGCCACGCUCUGCCUCCGAUGCGGUGCUGUCCCACAGCAGCACGUGCCUCUGCCUGGUGCUCAGGGGAGUCCAGCUCUGGCUCGGUUCCUGCAAAAACAAUCCACGGCCCAUCAGCUGAUUUGGCACGUGCCGCUGGUGGGCAGGGAGAGAGCUUCAGCUCUGACAACAAGGUGACAUUUAAAUGCAGUUUGAGAGCAGUGCUCCUGAAAAAUCUUACCAUCCAAUAAACACAUAUCCCCUUCAUUCCUUCUUGUUUAUUGCAUACUCCUGUCUACUGCAAACAUAUUACAUUGCCUUCAUUUAUAGCCCCAAAGAAAGUUUCAGUCCAGAGAAAUGCCUGACAACCCUUAUGUCACACUAUGCCUCCUGUAAGAGUAAAUACCAAGAAAGAGUACAUAAAUAAUCGGUAUGGAGUUUCAGCCACAAAAGCAGGUCAUUUGUGGAAUACAGAAAUUCCUAUAAAUAUAUUUUAAGAGGAAUCCUGGUGUCUAGAUUUACCCUCUCCUAUCUGAAUAGUUCCUGAAAACUGCUUUUUUCAGCAUUACAUAAAGUCAGCUCUUGGCCAGGCUUGGAACUCACAAAGGGAUGGAGUCACGCUGUUUGAAACAGUACAGCUGUAGAUUUCAGAGCUACCUUUCUUCCUGCAAUAUUCCUGACAAAUUGUUUUGCAAGGUGUUAAGAUAUGUUGAUGUUUAGAUUAGUAGUAACUACCUUUUAACCAUGUGGCUGAAAAGACCAUAGCAUAAAGGAGCUUCUACGCAUAAUCACAACUAAAAAAAAAAAAUCUCUGAAACUGGGUGCAAGUGUGUGCACACACUCGUAUCUAUCUUUCUAAUAGUAAUUUUGGAAGGUAUGAAAGCUAUUGAAUUAUG